AUGGAGCUUGAGGUCUCCGUGGAUAAUGAGCAGCAAUUCUGGACUGAUAUCCAGGAUAUUGUUUCCGCCCCUUGCUCCUCGGAGGACAUAAUCGAUAAUGCUCUACGGGCGUAUUUGAGUUUGACUACGCAACAUAAAGAGCAGUAUCUCCGUUCGGAGUUGGAGGUCAGCCGAUGUUCGUUCAAACUAUUAUCGUCCGCGAUCUUCGUCGCCCAUACGGACUAUGUCCGGCGACAAAUGAUAUACGCUCUGUUGCAGGAAGAUGAUCCCGUGACCCUCCAAAUCAUCACGUCGUUUCUCCUCUUCGACGGCCGGCAACAUGAAGUUUCACUCCAUAUGAUGAAUGAGGAAGGUGUCUUCCCAAGACUGCUCGAAUUGCUUCAUGCGCAAACUAUAAACAGAGAGGACGGCGAGGCCGGCUUGCAUCGGCUUUUAAUGGACCUCUUGUAUGAAAUGUCGAGGAUACAGAGGAUUAGGAUCGAAGAUUUAGUUCUGGUGGACGACGAUUUUAUCCGGGGACUCUUCGAUCUUAUUGAGCGUCUAUCAUAUGAUGUCAAUGAUCCUUAUCAUUAUCCAGUUAUUCGCGUACUGUUGGUUUUGAACGAGCAGUUUAUGCUCUCCGCACAUAAUCCUGACGAUGAGCAAUCGCCCUCCAAUACCCUGACGAACAAAGUCAUCAAAGUCUUGUCUGUACAUGGUUACUCUUACAAGACAUUCGGCGAGAAUAUAAUUCUGCUUAUCAACAGAGAAGCGGAAACUUCCCUUCAACUUCUAACUUUAAAGCUUUUAUACCUUAUUUUUACGACACCUAGCACAUAUGAAUACUUUUUCACAAACGACCUUCACGUCCUGGUGGAUAUCCUAAUCCGAAACCUUCUCGACCUCCCAGAGGAGGCCGCGGCGCUCCGACACACCUACCUCCGAGUGCUCUAUCCAUUGCUCGCUCACACGCAGCUGAGGUUACCUCCUCAUUACAAGCGUGAUGAGCUCAACCGUAUGCUUAGUUUGCUUGUUCGGGGUCAACUAACGGGUGAUACCGAAGUCGACUGCGAAAGAAUCAGACACUUUGAUGAAGUCGACGAAACAACAAAAAGACUUGUUCUCCGAUGUGCGUCCGUUGAAUGGCUACGGGAUGAAGCAGGACCUGACAGGCUCUUACCAUUACCGCAACGCGAAGAUAGCCUGACUUCAUCCAUACCCACGAUUGACAGUGCUCUUCUAUCUGAUACCGAUAUCGGGACCUCGGUAGAAUCUUCACGGACGAUGUAUUCUACCGCUACGCGCGAAAGCUCUUCAGAAGAUCUAUCGCCUACCACUGCCGAUCUAGUAGAAUCGCCGGUGUCUAUGAGUGCGACUCCACGGAAGCAUAACCAGAUUGAACGAUUAGGGAUGCAUUUUGAUCCAGCAUCGUCGUCUUCUCUUAGCGUGCAUGAGAUCGCCUCUCAGCGCGAGAAACCUGGCGUUAUCACACCCAGCCGCCAUCACGGACGCCCAUUGACGGAAGCCCAAACAGGCCCUACGAAACAUAAAGUGAAACCCUUGCCCCCAAAGACAAGGCGCUGGCGGGGUAGGCGAGCAACAGGGGACGAAGAAAACACUACUCCCGUUGCAGGCGAAAGCAUCGCAGAGGAAGAUGGCAUAAGUACAGGGCCGGACAGCCCCAGUCCAUUUCCAUCUACCCCUAUCCUGACCUCAAACGAAGUCAUCCCCGAAGCUGAACGCCGAGAUUCAGCGGCAACUACAUCUACCCUUGUUCCCUCCGCCUCGCCUUCUCAAUAUAACAUAAUCAGGCGCUCCGUAUCAAACCCGCCCCCCGCGGUGCCACCACCUCGCCGCUCCGCAAUUCACCAUAACCUCUCAGCCUCCAGCCACUGCACGCCUUUGACUAGCCCUUCACGCCCCCCUGGUAUCCAGGGCCAAGGGCAGAAGCAGCCUCAGAAACCAGAACCACCCCGGACAAGACGGUCUGGGCGCAAGCACACCAAUACAGAUUCCUCGGACAAGUCAACGGGCAGCCACAACAGUUUCAGCAGCCUGAGCAGUACUAAUACCACGGGAACUGCUGCAACUAUGCUGCAUCUUGACUAUCCAUAUGAGACUCCCUCUGCCGAAAAUACAAAGGAUACAAAGGAUACGAAUGGACACGCAACGAUAAGCGUUGAGGAAGCUGUGCAGAAUGUCUCGCUGCAUUGA